AUGCAGAUUAAUGAGAUCAAAUCGUCUGACUGGGACUCCACCGCGUCCGAAUAUCUCAAAAUCCCCCUCGAAGGGCCACUGCUGAUUCCCUGUAAGCGCAUGAUUGAAGCCUUGCAGAACGCCGUCAGCUUUUCAUCGGCCACAACGAUCUUAGACAUUGGCAGUGGUCCCGGCACUGCGAUCAGUGUGCUGAUCGAUGGCUAUGGCAACAACAUUCCACUAGAAUGUCGAUUGGUCGCGACAGACUACUCCGCAGGCAUGGUGGCAGCGACCAGGGCCAGGAAGGACUCGAACAUAGCAGCCAGAGCCGACCCUGCAAACUGUUGGGGCCGAGUCGAGACACUGGUUGUGGAUGCACAGGAUCUGUCUGAAUUUCCCUCGAAUAGCGUCUCCCACAUCAUGGGGAGUCUUGUCUAUUUCAUGCUCCCAGACCCAAUGAAGGGACUGAGAGAGGCUCAUCGAGUGCUGCAAUCCGGAUGCGUCUUCGCAUGUACCAGCUGGGCAAAGGUCGAGUGGAUGGAACUCCUUCUUAGGGCGGCCCACAAGGUGCGACAGGUCGGGGGUGAUAGUAACUUGGGUGGGAAGUCAACCGAAACAAAAGCGAGCAAUAUGAUCCCCGCUCAGUGGCAAGAUACUGCUGGAGUGAAGGGAGAGAUCGAAUCUGCUGGUUUCCGUGACGUGCAUACUGAGUACGUCGAAUUCAACUGGGUGGUUGAAGACCGUGGAAAGUUCGCCGACAUGAUGUCCACAAGUUCCAAUCCCGGUGCCCAAAUGAUCCUGGGCGAUUUUACCCCCGAGGAAAAACAACAAGUUCGCGAGGAGUAUCUGAGGAUUCUAGAGGAGAACGGCGAUGUAUGCAAAGGUGUCGCGGUCCUAGGUGUUGGUAGGAAAUAA